AUGGCUGACGAAGAUUUCAAGAAGUAUCUUGCGACAGAGAUUCUUUCUGAACAAAGAACAGUAUCCUACCGCAAUGUCGCGCGUGCUCUGAAAGUGCAUGUGAAUGUUGCUAAAUGCAUGCUUUACGAUUUCCUCGAAUUCCAAAAUGGGAAGAAGCCCGGGUCGGUGUAUGCUACCUACCUGCUCUCCGGAGUGAAAAAGCCCCAAAGCACGGUUGGGGACACCAACGGCACAAACGGUCACAGACAUGGCGAAUACAAGGAAGACGAUCCGAUUCCCUCCAGUCCCCCUCCCUUCACCAGUUCCAUGCUCGAACCUAGUCAGCGAAGCAGCCCUGCGGCUGAGGACGAAAGACCACAUGUCCCGGUCUGCACGAUCACACUUGUGCGUGAGGAAGAUCUGGAAGCGAUGAAGGAACAAUACGAGAUAAUCACCUCCAUACACGUCUACAGCCUCUCUCCCGGACGAAUCCAAGAUCUAGUCACGUUGACCGACAUCAGCCGAGGCUUGUUUGUGGAGACAUUCACAAAGGAGGAUCCCUUGCUGAACAACAAGACAUACGGCAUCAUUCAAAAUCCUAAUGUUCGCAGAAGGAAAGGGAAGAAGCCUAUAGUUCCGCAGGACCCGCCGCCGAAGUUCCAACCUGUGAAAGAAGAUUUUAAGUCCCUGAAGUCAUCGUCCACACAGAACAACAGACCUGCUCCGAAGCCCGCAACGCCUGCUUCGACAAACGCCAAACACGAAGAACCAUCACGCCCGAGCUCUCGGGACAGCACAUCGACGGCUACCUCAGCCCGACAAGCCCCGCUGAAACGUGACUCCUCCGACCUCUUCAAGGCCUUCGCAAAGCAAAGCCAGCAAAAGCCCAAAACCAAACCUACACUCUUACAAGACCAAGACACGCCGAUGCACGAUGAUGAAGACGAAGGUGAAUCCGAAGAUGAAGCUCUGUUUCUGGAGACGGAAACGCGCAAGGGUGCCACGACGAAGAAACGAACCAGCGACGUGAGGAAGGAGCGGGAAGACAAGGCGGCCAAAUUGCGCAAGAUGAUGGAAUCUGACGACGAAGCAGAGCCAGAAGUUCCCAAUGUCGAGAAGGCAACAGGCGUCAAAGAUGAGCCCGUGACGGCACAAAAGGGCACCGAUGCAGCCGAGGACGCCGAGGAGAUUGCAUGGUCGGACUCGGACACGGAGAAACCGCGACAGUCAGCACCGAAACAGGACGCUUCGGCUGACGGCGAACACAUAGCCACUUCCGCUCCGGCUCCCGCGCCCAGGCGGCGCCGUGGCAAGAGAAAGGUGAUGAAGAAACGCACCAUGAAAGACGAGGACGGCUACCUGGUGACGAAGGAGGAGGCUGUCUGGGAGAGUUUCAGCGAGGACGAGCCGGAGCCAACACCUGCACGGGCGCCGCUGGCUAAGAAGGAGACCACAAGGAACAGUCUGGGUGGCGGCAAGGGGCAGGCUCAUACCCAGAGCCAGGGCCAGAAAGGAGCUGGGGGGAAACCGGGCGCGAAGAAGGGAGGCACCAUUAUGAGUUUCUUUGGCAAGAAGUCUUGA